AUGGCUUUAAAACUGUUACAUGAAAAGAAAACAACGGAAAGUUGUGGUGAUUACUUGAAUAAAUCUUCCUACGCGCAAUUUGAGGGUAACGGUACAAUUUUUUUUUUUAAAAAAAGCCUUUUAUUUGAGUGUCAAGGUAAGUAGCGCGAAAGUCCUAAUUGGGGACACUACUUUAACGUCUCGAACUGGAGACGGGACCGCCAUUUUACGUGGUCUUCCGAGCCACGCAAAGGUCUAGCCGCUUGCAGUGCAAAGGGAGUACCUUCAUUGCUCGGUUAUUUUAAGACCCUGAGUAUUGGUCCGGCCCUGGGAAUCGAACCCGCGACCCUCCGCUCGUAAGCGCUCUACCGACUGAGCUAAUCCUGCGCGGUUCAAGCAAAAAAAGGUCUCAGUAAAUUGGAAGGUAUGUUUUAACACCAGGAAGGAUGUUGCUCAAAGCAGUUUCGACAUUAACCUUACCUACGGAAGGUCACAGGUAAAGGUCAAUUAAAUAUCAAAAGACAGCUAAGAUUUAAAUGAUUUAGCUCUCCAAACUUUGAUUUUUUUAAUUUGUCAUAGCCAUGAGGGUCGCAGUCACCCGUUUACUGCUAUUCGCCAUCAUAGCCAACUCAAAUGGACGAACUCUUUCAAAACAAGGUGUGUCACUGAUCCUCAAUGCACAUAAAGUAUUGCUUUAAUAACUAUUACCUGUACCUUGAACAUUUUGCUUUGUUCAUGUGGUCUUAUACGGGUGAAGUUUGUUACAAGAACCACUAGUUGUUCCCAUCUCUUUUUAUGUUUCGAUAGUUAAUGAUAAUUUAACUUCUUUCCAUCACAUUGGAUCAUUAACAGAAUAAAAGAAACAAUUAUCGUAUGUUGCAAGUUGUUUUAUUUCAUGUUAUUACAGACGAGAACGAGAUCAUCGCAGUUAUAGACGCAACUCGGUUGCGGAGGCGAAAAGAAAGCUUGCAGAAUUCAGGCUUGCCGGGAUUCGAUCCCUUGACUUCUAUAACACCGUUGCAGCGCUCUACCGUCUGAGCUAACAAGCCAGCUGGGAGCAUUAACGGACUUGAAGGACCGUAAAUAGGUUUUUUGUAACGGGGGUGGGUCACUAUCGCAAGUGUCCAAUGCAAGAGCCUUGUAGAGGGGUCCUGGGGGUAUCCUCCCCUAGACAAUUUUCAAAUUUGGAGGCUCCGAAAUGCUAUGAUCAGUACUUGUCAUGAGAUAUGUCUCCGAAAAUCGACCCCGAAUAUGAAAAUGGCAAACUAUUGCAAGUCACUAUAAUCAAAAUAACUGAGCCUAAAGAAAACAAAUCCAUCCAAAGACCCAUCCAAAGACUUGAUGUGUCUACCUCAACAGAUCCAGGGGGGUCCCCCCCCCGCUAGCUACGCGGGCUCUGAGUUGGUUCGUUAUGAGCCGAUGGAGGGAUGAUGACGAUGAAAAUUGAAUAAAUGAAAAUCAAACAAGUCGGAAUUGCGGGGUGAAGAAUUAAAUGAAAGAAGAUAAUCACAGUUUCUCGUUAUUUUUUUGUUGUUAUUUUAAUUUUAAUUUCCUAAUGUCUGUGCUGUGAAGCAAUUGUCUUCUUUCGUUUUUUUAAGUGUUUGGCAGUUAACCUAGCUGAUGUCUUUUUCUAAUCAUUAGGAAAAAAUGAGGAUCAGUCAAGUGCGAUGGAAAUGUCCGUAAAAGAUCUUAUGGAAGACGGUAACUAAUUGAGUGUGUGUAAAAUGGAGAGGUUUGGGGAGGAGAUAAAGUGAUAAAACGUCUAGAAAUUUACUUUGGAUGUUGCCAGAAACUAGGAAAGAAACUAUAUAAUAUUAUGUAAAACAAUAUGCGAUAUUAUAAAAUGUGUACAAAAUACUAGAAUUAGCUUUCCUAAUCAUAGCAUAACUACUUGAGUGUGUGUAAAAUGGCGAGCCUUGGGGAAGGGAUAAAGUUAUAAAAAGCCUAGAAAUUUACUCUGGAAAUUGUUAGAAACAAGGAAAGAAAUUAUAUAGUUAUAUACAUAUAUAAAAAUAUGCGAUAUAAUAAAAUGACUAUGUACAAAAUAAUAGAAUAAGCUUCCUAAUCAUAAUAUAACCAAUUCAAUAAAAAAAGUAUUACGGGAGCACAAGUACACUUGAGCGUACUAUGAUGAAUGCUGCUUACUUAGGGUGAUAAGUGUUCACACAAAAAUCCGUAAGUAUCCUUGAAGUAAUCGGGGAUGCCAAUCAAGUUUAUAUUCGGCAAAAUUUCGCAUACAUGUUAUAGCGUGAGUAGGAUUUAAACUACUACAUGGUCAAAACGUAACUUUCAUCAUGAGACCUCGAAAACAUCGAACUGCUUACUUCUUAUUUCUCAUAAUUUGUUACUGUAACAAUAAAAGAGCUUUGCUGAAGAUUUGUGCGAUUUAACAGAGGAAGCGAAGAGCUGCUUCUUUUAUUACCGAGAUUCUCUAUACCAUCCUAAAAAUAGCGCUUGAAUUUCGAUUCGGAUUUAUUUCCAACAGAAACAGAGACAGAGUCCCAUUUUGCAACAAUGAAACUUGCCUCCAGUGCUUUGACUUAUUUUGUUCUACGUUCUCCUCGUGUGCAAAUAACAAGACGAAAAAUCAUUAUACAGCAUGUACUAACCUUGACAGCCACAGUCAUAAGGCCGCUCACUUGACAAUUGCCUACUUGAAUGGAGAAAAAAUAACGAAUGUGAAUUAAAAGUUAUUUAUUCUUUUAUUUUUGCCGCCUCUCUAUAGAAAACCUCAUGAACCCUCGCGCUUUUUCUGGUAUUUGUGACGUCAAUUAUGUCAAGGUUGGAUGUUACAAAGAAAAGAAGAAUAAUGUGGCGCUUCCACAGGAACUGUUUCAAGAUAGAUUUGCAAAUCAGCCUAACUAUAGUGGACAGAAUGUUGAUUGGGCUGAUUACAGUAAUUACCUUAAAAGGUAAGGAAAAUAGAAGUUAGCUGAAAGAGUAUUGAUCAGAACAAAUGGUCAAAUUAUAAAAGGCGUUCAAAGACAACCAGGCUUUGAUAGAUGGUGCUUGCAAAAGAAGCAUAAUGCUACUAGCAGGGUUUGUAAAUUUCUAAAAUUAUGCCAAUAAUAAUUAUGAUGUUAGUUUAUGUAAAUUAUGCUUAUUUAGCAAUAUAUGCAGAAAUUUUAUGCUUCUUCUUUUUACAUUAAAUUUGGUAAAUAUACCUCAAUAACUAUGCAAAAAAAAAAAAAAACAAGUCAGGAUGGCAAACAUGUUUACGGUAUUUUCAUCUAGAAACUUAAAGAGUACAUAAUUCAUUUGCAGAAAACUGUAUACACAUUAUCGUGGGUCUGACCGAACGUGCCAGUUAGGCGCAUGCGUUGAGUUCUGUGAAAAGAGUCGUGGGUCACUUCCCGUGGGAGUCAGGUCCCAUGAAUGUGACAAUAUGCAGACAAUCGUUUGACAAUUGUUAACGUCACUUAAAUUUGCCCGUAACACUUAUCUAGGGCUGAAAAAAUGGUUGCAUGAUCAAUAGGUGACAAUUUUGUGCUGCAAAACUAGUCAAAAGGGCAAAUUAUACUUGAGCAGUGCUUUUUUCAGGAAAUACAUGAAAAUUAUGCUUGUUAAAUGACAAGUUACACCAAAAAUUAUGCUAGCAUAAUCUAUCAAUGCAAAGCCUUGCGACAACUGAUAGUCACUAACACCUUUCCAACUAAACACACGCAAACACACAGCAAAAAUCUCAUUGGUUCUUGCAUUAUUUUAAUAGCAUAAGUAGAGUUGAAAAAACUUAUUGACCUUAUAUCCAAGGUAUAUAUUAUUCUUAGAGUUAUCACACUUUCUAUUUAAUAAAAAUUAUAAGAGCGCACUUAAUUCCUCUUUGAAGAAUUGCGCUUACGAAGAAUUCAACUACAUUAACUGAAUCGCCAUAAGGUAACUCGGGGGCGAACCCCAUGUAUGAUCAUUUCUUCAAUACAGUUAUAACAACAACACUCAAUCCGGUUUUUCAACAAAUUUCAAUUUUUUCAAAAUGGCCGGUAUAUUCUAAAGGUUUUAAUUUUGAUUUCAAUGCUUUGCAGUCUGGCGUGUCGAUGUGCUAAAAAAAGUCAAGAAAAGAGUUUUAAAUACUUCGGUCUCCAAGACUACGGCCGCUGCUUUAGCGGACAGCACGUGGCUUCCACUUACAACACCCAUGGUAGCUCCAACAACUGCUAUAACCAACAUUACAAGAAAUGUGACGACAACGCCUGGGGCGAGUGUGUGGGCAAGAAUAACAAUGUUAACUACGUGUACGAAAUACAAGAAGGUACCUAUAGAAUACUUGACAGCACGUUCCACAGCAUGGUUGACCUCCCCAUUCAUACGUAUUUCUUUCGGCUUGAGAAUACCGCAUGAUUUAUUUAGUCUAAAUAAAAGUACUACCGACACGCGAGCGAAGAGUAUGAAAAUACUUCCCAGUAAUAUCAUCUCUGAGGCACUGGAGAACUCCGAUGACUAAAAGAGGAUGCUAGCGAAAACAUACAGUACGAAACAUAAGGCUUAAUGAACCAAAGCAAUAGCUCUACGAGACAUGUGUUUUAAAGACAUUUUGUGGCAUGUUGUUUCCUGACGUUCCCGUCUGGGACGAAUAAUAAUAAUAAUAAUAAUAAUAAUAAUAAUAAUAAUAAUAAUAAUAAUAAUAAUAAUAAUAAUAAUAAUAAUAAUAAUAAUAAUAUUAAUAAUAAUAUUUAUAGAGGGAGCCCAACUCGCCAAGGCGGUUUUCAGUGGGGCCCUCAUGCAUUAAUCUAAGUAAUUAAUUAAUAAUUACGAAAAAAGUAAAAUAUGUUUACAAGUAAAACAAAUUUUAAAAUUUAAAAUCUUAAAAUCGAUUAUACAAAAAAACAUCAAGGUUUAAAAUUAGCUGAGAUCUUUUAAAAAAGUUUUUAACUUGGAUUUAAAAAUUGAUAAAAUAUUACACUCUUUUAAAUCAUUUGGAAGGCUGUUCCAGUCUUUCGCGGCGUGAAAAAUAAAAGUUUGUUUACCCCAGUUUGUUCUGGGUAGGGGUAAGCGAAUAUCAUUAGAGCGUCUUGUAUUAUAUGAAUGAACAGCUUGACUUUUAGUAAAAUUAAAGCUGAAAUCGGUUUCUCCAAUAAGACACUUGUGGAUUGCAAUGCAGCGAUGAAAAAACCUUCUUGUGGACAGUGACUUCAAAUCUAGACUUUUCAGUGCUUCAGUUGACGAGCUUCGGGGGUGGUUGCCCCAGCAUAACUUUAACAGCUUUAUUCUGUAGAAUCUGUAAUUCUGACAUGAUGGUGUCAUUGUUCUUGUCCCCCAUAUAACGUCUCCGUAAUCAAAAAAGAGGGCGGAUUAGGGCAUUGUACAAGGCAACUCUAGCUUGUAGCGGCAAUAGAUUCCUGAUUCUCCUAAUUAGGCCUAUUCUCUGAUUAAUCUUCAUGCUGAUAGCAUCGACGUGAUCUGCCCAGGACAUAGACUGUUGAAGCGUUACGCCUAGGUAUUUGAAUGAUUGUGUUCUUUCAAUGCUAGUGCCCUCUACUUUAACCGAAAUGCCUUGAAUACGAUUCAGUUUCUGAGGACUUCCAAAGAUAACAAAAUUACAUUUGGAUAUAUUUAGUGUCAGGAGAUUUCUAGAGAACCACUCAGACACUGUCCCCAAGUCAGCAUUGAUGUGAUGUUCAAGAUCACUGACGCUUUUGGAUGAGUAAUAGAGUACAGUAUCGUCUGCAUAAAGAAUAAUAUCGUUUGCCAGGGGACAGUCCGGAAGAUCAAGAUAAUAAUAAUAAUAAUAAUAAUAAUAAUAAUAAUAAUAAUAAUAAUAAUAAUAAUAAUGAUGAUGAUGAUGAUGAUGAUGAUAAUAGUAAGGAGUACUUAUAUGACGCAACAUGUCCUAAAAGCUCAUGGCGCUAUACAAUAGCAAAAAUACAAAGAUUAAAAUUUAACAAAAAAAAUUAAAAGAAUAACAAUUACAAUUUCUUUGGCAACGAUAAUACGGAUAAAUAUCAAAAUGUUUCUUUACAAUAUUUAAAAAAAUAAAAAAUGAAAAUGAAAAAAAUUAAAAUAAAUUAAAAUAAACAACAUAAAACUUCGCCAAAAAAUAUAACAUAUAUGUACUUUGGGAUGAAAGUCUACAGGCAAUAUGUUCAUAUAGAAACUCAUUACUUUACUUCUUUUCAUCUAAUAUUAAAAAAAUCGCACUUUAGAGUUAGAAAACGUUUAAACUUAGAGUUUUAAAGACAACUGCAUGCCAAUUCUGCAUGCCCCAGUGGGUAGCCUUGGGCGCCUCUAUGCUGGCAACCAGCCUGCGUAAAGCAAAAAUAACCAAAUAAUCUUAUCAGAACUUUUUAUCUUUUCUUUAUCGGUGACGUUUUUUUUAAAGUAGCCGUUAAAGUUGCUCGGAAAAAUAAGAACAUUUUAUCGAAAUUAACAAGGAUCAGUUUCAUCCUAAGUGUAUAGUGAUUGUGUUGAUUUAAAAUCUGAAUAUCUAAUUGAUACUUAAUUUCGCGUUUUUCUCGAUUUAAAAAAAAAUCGCAAAAUUUAACACCCGCGAAUAUCCUCGCUACAAUUCAACACGCGAAAUGUAAUACCCAUAUAAAAAAUUCAAACCACACAAAAAAAAAAAAAAAAAAAAAAACGUCAACUUGUAAUAACAACAACGUAUAUAGCAUAUGUUUUACUUGUAAGUUCCAUUUUGUAUUUUCUGUUGUGAAAUAAGGUUAAUUUGCCAAGAUUUCACACAUGGAUUAAAAAAUAUAAAUGUAGAGAAUCCUUAAAUGUGCGUUUUGCUUGUUCCAGUUUAUCUAAAAAUUUUCAAAAGUUCAGACUAUUUAAAAAAUAAAAUGAAAUUUAAUUUUCUGUUUCCUAUUUGCCCAUUAAAAUCGAGAAAAUAUAACCCUGCCAAAUACUGUUUGGCCAAAAUUGCGAAAUUAAGUACACUCCUUUACUUAGGCUGCUUCUCAGUUCGAUUAACCACAAAGCAAUAUUCUUCUAUCGAUUAUUAAUGGCUUUAUGUUAUCCUUUAUGUUCAUUUAACAGCUGGAAGUGCUAAUGGCGAGAUUGGUUAUGGUCAAAGCUACGACGAAACGUAUGGCGGUGAAACCAAGGAACAUUAGAAUAAAUAUAACAUCAUUUUAUUUGCUCCCAUUUGUUUGCUUUUGACGUUCUAGGAGCUGUCAUAAUGUUUGAACAAAGAUUUUGUGCUAGAUUUUCGUUUAAAAAGUGUAAGUGUUACUGGGUUUUUAUUCUCUCAAUAAAAUGUUCACUUUAUGAAAAAUGGCGAAUAUUUCUUCUAAAAAACAAGGAACCAGGUCAUUCGAGAAAACACCGAUUUUUUGCGUUGGGGUAUUACAACUUGAUUUUCUUUUGGUUCUCUUAAAAUGUGACCAAUUUGAAAAGCAGUAAGAGUUGAUCGCACCUAUUCCUAGCUUGUUUCGACACCGCUGCUGUAAUCCUACCCUUAUUAUUGCGGCCUAGCUGAUGCAUGUUUACUAACUGAAAAGAGGGCAAAUAAUAACAAAGUGUUCGUGUCAUUUGCAACUAGUGAAAAUUUAUACGCACAGCCGUAAUUUUAAUUAGUAAUGUUUAUUAAUCCUUACUCCACUAUAUUCAUUGUUUUAUUGCUCUUCUUAAGCAGUUUGGGCACCAGGUGGGCGAAGAAACGAGAGAGUUUGAUAGAUAUAAAGGUGAUCAAAGGGACGAAGAGUUUAAUAAUUUAUAAAUAAGAGACAGAUGGAAAUAGU